UUCUCUCUUUCUUGUCCACUCCAACAUAGAAAAACACUAGAGAGAGAGAGAGAGAGAGAGAGAGAGAGAGACCAAUUUAGAAACAAAUGAAGCCGCUUCUUGUGCUUUUGAUUCUUCUAUGUGGACCCAUUUGGAUUUUUCACUUACCCGAGGUUGAUGCCCGGAAAAAGUUUCCUCUCUCUCCUGCACCUGUUCCUUCACUGGAAGCCCCACCUUCUUUUCCAGUGUUAUCAUCAAUGGCGGCCUUCUCUCCAGGGUCUCCGGCUGGAGAACACAACAAGAUGGAUACAAACAAGAUACUGAUCAUAGUGGUCAUAGCGGCCUCGAUUGUAGUGGGUGCAAUCACAUUCUCUGUAUUAUACUUUUGGAUUUGGCACAGAAAGACCUCACCCAAAUCCCAUCAGAAAGAAGAUUUUACCUCAGUGGGUAAUUACAAUUACAAGAAGAUGAGUUUUAAGAAAGGAGGUGCGUGCUUGAUGGAUUACAAGUUGCUAGAAACGGCAACGAAAAAUUUCCAGGAGAGCAAUAUCUUGGGGCAGGGUGGUUUCGGUUGCAUUUACAAGGCCCGGUUGGACGACAAUUUCCAUGUCGCGGUGAAGAGAGUGAGUGAUGGAAGUCAGGAUGCCAUUACAGAAUUUGAGACUGAAGUGGAUUUGCUGAGCCAAAUGCAACAUCCAAACAUAAUUUCUCUCUUAGGUUACAGCAUUCAUGGGGAAACAAGGCUUCUUGUUUAUGAGCUGAUGGACAAUGGAUCUCUGGAAACUCAACUAUAUGGACCUUCUCGUGGUUCGGCUUUGAAUUGGCACCGGCGGAUGAAAAUCGCACUUGACAUGGCGAGGGGAUUAGAAUAUCUACAUGAGCACUGCAACCCCCUAGUGAUCCAUCGAGAUCUGAAAUCAUCUAAUAUUCUUCUGGAUUCCAACUUCAACGCAAAGCUGUCUGAUUUUGGUCUUGCAAUAACUGACGGGAGCCAAAACAAGAAGAACAUCAAACUUUCGGGCACCCUUGGAUACGUAGCUCCCGAGUAUCUUUUAGACGGAAAAUUGACGGAUAAGAGUGAUGUUUAUGCUUUUGGAGUAGUCCUCUUGGAGCUUAUACUGGGAAGAAAGCCUGUAGAAAAAGUAUCAGAAGCUCAAUGCCAGUCUAUUGUCACAUGGGCCAUGCCAAAGCUCACUGACAGAACAAAACUUCCCAAGAUUGUGGAUCCAGCGAUCCGGAAUACAAUGGAACUGAAGCAUCUUUGCCAAGUUGCUGCUGUAGCUGUGCUAUGUGUACAACCGGAGCCGAGUUACCGUCCAUUCAUAACCGAUGUUUUGCACUCUCUCAUCCCUCUCGUUCCCAUCGAGCUUGGAGGGACCCUCCGAUCUGCACUACAGACGCCUACGGAAACGCCUUCCCGUCACCGAUGACCCAUACAAUAAACUCCACAUGUUCAGUUCACUAUCAUAGUAGUACAUUACUGGAAAUUGGUUUUUGAAUCACUUUGGUGAAGGGAAGAUGGUGGUGCAGAGUUGGAGAACAUUGAGGUUUAGUCAAAGCUUUUUGUACAUUGAUGCAAUCUCAGAUGUGGUUUCUUCAUCAGCUGAGCUCAAGUAUAUACAGGGAAAAUAUAAGAGACUACUACUCAUAUCUUGGGUUUUCCUUUUACCCAAAUUUAAUACAUUGUAUGCCCCUCCAAAAAAUGAGAAAACAUGUAUACCCUUUUUGGUUUGUAGAUUAGUGUAUAGAGACAAUCAAGAAAAAGAAGACGAAAAGAAAGAUUACAAUGGAAAUGGAGGAAGAGUAGAUACUCCUAUGACUAGAGUAUGUGGUCAUUUUGAAAGUCCAGAUCUUAAUUCUUGUUUGAUUACAAUGGAAAAGGAGGAAGAGUAUAUAUGACUACAGCAUCGGGUGUAUUUCUUGCUU